GAAGGAGUACUGUGCUUUGGCCGCCGCUGUUUCCCAUCCCUGCCAAGGGCAAGACCUGUUAUGGCUGCGGUGGGGCUGGUGCUGAGGAGCGGCUUGCGUGGGGCCCUGGCGCUGCCGAAUCAACAGCGGGUCUGGAACUCGGGCUCCAGCUCCGGUUCCGGACCCGCCUCCGACCAGCUAGGGGAGCUGGGCAAAGGCGUCGGGAAAGGCGGUGGUGGAGGCGGGGCGGUCCGUGAGGCUGGUGGCGCCUUCGGGAAACGAGAGGCGGCCAUGGAAGAGCGCUAUUUCAGGGAGAAAGAGAGAGAACAGUUGGCUAAUCUGAGAAAACACCAUGAAGAGGAAAUAAGUCACCACAAGAAAGAAAUAGACCGUCUGCAGAAGGAAAUUGAACGUCAUAAGUACAAGAUCAAGAAACUUGAUGAUGAUUAAGUGGCUGGUGUCCUUGUGGAUGUGUUGCGCAUCUGGCAUUGCUUUGAAAAAGCUGGUGUCAGCCAAUGUUCGAGAAUUUGCCGUUAUCACAGUGUGGAAAUUGUGAAAUAAAAUAAUUCACUCUC